UUUACAAACACGUUUUCAAAUUCAUUAGCAUUUUAUCAAAUCGUGACCAUUUCUUGAAAUUGUGAAAAUUUUAUAUACUUGCGAAUACAUUUUUAUGUAAUCGUUAAUUUUUUGAAAUUUCUAAAUAUUUUUUAAAACCAUACAAUUUAAAAUUCGUGAGCAUUUUUUUGUAAUCAUGAAGGUUUUUUGAAUUCGCUAACAUUUUUAUGAAAUCUUGAACUUUUCUUAAAUUCCCGAACAUUUUUUACAAAUUCACAAAUACUUUUCUUCUCCGUCGCCGCCGGACUCACCGCCCUCAUCUCACCCACUCUCCUUCUCCAUCGCCGCUAGAUCGUUUUUUUUGUUUGCAAAACCGCCACCUUUGGGGAAUAAUAGAUUUUAGUAAAUUGUCCCCUGGCGUUCCUCUCAUUCCAAAUAGCCCAAGUGACAAGCAUAGCGAGAGUGGCUCUGGCCUUCCGACGCGUGAUGUCGGACAAGACAUACUAGUCCGUGAACUCUUGACAGUGCGCUCAGUCGCCCAACAGUCCAUCUCCAGAUCCCCUCAAAUGAGCCAGUCCUUAACCAUCCUCCAAACAUGAUGGGUAAAUCGGCAUUUUUUGUACUAAACAGAGUAUUUUUUUAAUUAAACAAAACGUCUUCAUAAGUAAAGAAACUCCUCCCGAUGAAGAUGCUUUAAGGGCCUUUUUCAUGGUAAUGAUAUUCUGGCGUAGGUUGCUUCUGUUGGUAGCACAACUGUUGGUACCCACCAACUUGUACGAGUACUUUAUUCUUACUGUCAAUGAUAGGCACUUGUUGACGGUAGACUUGGCGCAACCACCCCAAUCUCCAACAGGCGUGAUAAGACCUGAUCGAUCUUCCACACCAGGAGCUGGUCUACCUCUUCACCCACUUCCUCUGCAGCCAUCAGCCCAUCCAAGAUUUGAGAGAGGUGAGCAGCCAUGGCGCAUCAUGUCGGGGGCGUCAUCGCCUCUGCCAUCCUCGGUGUUGUGAGCAAGCAGAUCAUGUCCGCCAUCAAAGGCCAGAUCAAGCUGCAGUGGAACUUCGUAAGCGACCUACAGAAGAUGAGAUCGUCGCUGCAGACGGUGGAGGCCCUGCUCGAAGAUGCUGAGAGGCGGUCCAUCACGGAUCAGGCGGUGCGUCUGUGGCUGGGGCGGCUCAAGGACACCAUGUAUGAGAUCUCUGACAUGAUCGAUGAUUUCGAAGUCAACACCGAACCUGCGCCACAAAAGUGUUGCGCUCAAAUCAGCGUUUCCAGGUUGAAAAUGGCCAAUAAGAUGAAGAAUAUGAGAGAGCAGCUGAAGGGGAUCACAGAAGACCGCAUUCCUUUCACUUUCAUGCAAGAAAAUGUCCCUCGCCUGCAGGAUAACCGGGAAACAACAGCGGCUGUGACAGAAGCACAAGUCAUAGGGAGGGAUAAGGAAAAACAGGAGGUGAUGGUUCGUUUAUCUGGGAGCAUCACAGAAAAGAUGACCAUUCUUCCGAUAUAUGGUAUUGGAGGCAUUGGGAAGACAACCAUGGCACGAUUGGUUUUCAAUGAUCCGCAGUUCAGAGAGUACUCUCGGGUCUGGGUAUAUGUGUCCCAGACGUUUGAUUUGAAGAAAAUUGGGAAUUCUAUAAUAUCACAACUAUCCGUUAGUGAUAGUCAGCCUACUGAACUUGAGAUGAUAGGAAAUAGCCUUAAAAGGCUCCUUUUUGGUAAGAAGGUCCUAAUCAUCUUUGAUGACCUGUGGGAAAGGGAACAAACUGAGUUGGAAAAAUUGAAGAAUAUGCUAAAGCCGGGUGAAGGCAGCAAAGUGGUGGCGGUAGUAACCACACGAGAAGAAAAUAUUGCACAGAAAAUUCAGACGGUGGAGCCGUACAAGCUAGCUCCCUUGACAGAUGACAUUUGUUGGGCUAUCAUAAAAGAUAAGACUUCCUUUGAUGCUAGAACUGACAGAGCACAGUUAGAGAUGAUCGGGAAGGACAUUGCAAAGAAGUGUGGAGGCAUGGCUUUAGCAGCCCAAUCUAUUGGGUAUAUGCUGGACUAUAUGAAGUCAUCUGAUGAAUGGGUGUCGGUGAACAACAGUGAGUUCUGGGACGUGCUUGCCUCAAAAGAAUUUUCACCUCAUCAGGUGCAUGCAUCCUUGCUGCUAAGCUAUCGCAGUAUGGGUUCAUAUUUGAAGCUAUGCUUUGUCUAUUGUGCAAUCUUUCCAAAAGGUCACUGGAUAGCUAAAGAAGCUCUAGUUCACCAAUGGGUUGCUCUUGGACUUGUUGAGCCACCAAUGGCAUCAUCCUACAAUCAACAUAGCACUGAUAGAUAUAUUAAUCAGCUUUUAGGCAUGUGCUUCCUUGAACAUCCAAAGUCGUCAUGGAGUAUGCAAGUUGAAACUGAAUUCUUGGUCAUGCAUGACCUAGUACAUGAUCUCGCAAGAUCUGUUCUGGCCGAUGAAAUUGGUAUAGAGGAUCCAACCUGCCGAUAUGCGUGGCUGACAGAUCACAGAAAGCUACUCAAGUCAUCAAUGACUCCGCUCGCCAAGAUAAGGGCACUGCAUUUUCAUGAUCGUAGCAACUAUCAGCUUGAUCGUGAUGCAUUUUCACCAGCUAAAUGCCUCCGUGUUUUAGAUUUAAGCAGAUAUUGUACGCAAGAGUUGCCUGAUUCUAUUGGUCAGCUGAAACAGUUGAGGCAUCUCGAUGCUUCUUCAUGGAGCCGGAAGCUCGAACGGUGGGAGUCUACAAGGAUACCAAAAGCUCUGGGUGCCCUUAACAAACUGCAGUAUUUGAAUUUAUCACGACGUGGCAGGCUCGUAGGACUGCCAAAGGUCAUGAGCAAUCUCAUGGAACUCCGGUAUCUAAAUAUAUCACACUGCCACGGUUAUUAUUUAUCAGACAGCCCAUCGGCAAAUCAAAGUUUCAUUGACUGUAUCGGUACCCUUCCCAAUCUGGAGCAGCUGGACCUGUCUUGGAAUGACUAUUGUUUUUGUGUACCAGAAAGUUUUAGCAGCCUCAACAAACUGAACCUCCGCGGCUGCAUGCACAUUGCUAGCCUUCCAGAAAAUGUGGCCAAAUUGGAUAUCCUCAGGCUUUUUGGAUUGUUGCAAUACGGGGGGUUUCCUGUGCGUGCAGAUGAUAGUGAAUCUAGCAGCAGCAAUCUUGUCUUUCUUAAGCAUGCAAAUCCUCAAGUGUUGAGUAUCAAAGAUCUUGUAAAUGUGAGGUCUGUAGAAGAGGCAUGCUGUAUAAGGUUGAUGGAAAAACAGAGCAUCGAAGAAUUGACAUUGCGGUGGGGCGAAGGCGCGAGUUCUGUGGAACACAUGGCGCUGCUAAAAGAGCUAGUGCCACCAACAAGUGUACAGAAUUUGAAUAUAUUUGGCUACAAGGGUGUCAUAUUUCCAUACUGGGUUAUGCAUAUAAGCAAAUAUCUUCCUAAUCUUGUGAGCUUGAGGUUGUGGAAUCUGUCGUGCAGCGGCCUACCAACACUCGUCCAACUACCCAACCUACGCAAGAUUUUUCUUGGCUACAUGUAUAACCUGGAAGAAUUUACCACAGGGUGCUCCAUGAGUGGGGAUGGUGCAAAUGAGCUCACGUUGCCUAAACUUGAGCAUCUGGAAAUGUACAGGUGCCCCAAGUUGAGGAUCAAACCGUGUCCUCCUAGAGCUGUGCACUGGUUUAUAUCAAGUAGUGAUAACGCGCUAUCGUCAUGGGAAGAGUGUGCCUCGACCUCGAGCACACCUGCUUCCUCCUCUUCUCCUCCCGUGAAUAAACUGAAAGUUGAGAAGUCCGAGUUGCCUUUGCACCAGUGGAGAUUGCUUCACCACCUUCCUGGCCUUAGUGAUGUAAGUAUCACCCAUUGCGAUGAUCUGACUAUCUCACCACAGAUCGGCCAAGCCUUCAAGUCCCUGGAAUCACUCUCCCUCGAAUGCAUUGAAAUGAAAAUUCUGCCAGAAUGGUUGGGUGAGCUCACAUCUCUUCGACAACUCAACUUAAUAUGCAUGAACUUCCUACAAGAAUUGGACAAGAACAUGAAGCAACUUACACAGUUGCAAUCACUGAGUCUGGAUAUGUGCAAUGCAUUGACAUCACUACCGCAAUGGUUAGGAGAACUCACCUUGCUCAAGACGCUUAUGUGUGUGCAUAUGUGUGUGCCAAUAGUCCUUCCAACUAAAUAUCAAUGUGUGUGUAACUAGACUACAUUGCCGCACAGCAUAUGUGUGUUCAACUAGUGUCCUGUCAACUAAACAUCAAUGUGUGUGCAACUAGACUAGAUUGCCGCGCCAAUUGAGCAUAUGUGUGUGCCAAAUAGUCAUGCCAACUAAACAUCAAUGUGUGUGCAACUAGACUAUAUUGCCGCGCCAACUGAGCAUAUGUGUAUGCAACUAGUGUCCUGCCAACUAAACAUCAAUGUGUGUGCAACUAAACUAAAUUACAAGCCAACUGAGCACAUAUGUGUGCAACUAGUCUUCCUGCCAACUAAACAUCAAUGUGUGUGCAACUAGACUACAC